GUGUCAAAACCCUCCCACUCUCAUCAGCUUCGCUAUUCUGAAAAUGGCGCCGGUGGCAGACCCUGAGGAGGAAGCGUUGCGACAUAAAACUUUAGCAGAGUCCAAGUACAACAACUCAAACCUGAAAUCAGCUCUAAAGCACGCCGAGAGAGCCCAUAAGCUCUGCCCAAGUCUUGAAGGCAUCUCCUCAAUGCAUACUGCUUUCCAGAUUCUCAGCGUGGCUUCCAAGUCCUCCGUCGGCACUGACCCAGACUGGUACAAGGUCCUCCAGGUAGAACCCUUCUCUAAUAUCAACACAAUUAAGAAGCAGUUUAAAAAACUAGCUUUGGUUUUGCACCCUGAUAAGAAUCCGUAUUUGGGAUGUGAGGAGGCGUUUAAACUUGUGAAUGAGGGGGUUCGGGUUUUUUCGGAUAAAAUUAAGAGGAAGGAAUAUGAUAUGAAGCUUAGGAUUAAGAUUCAAGAGGAGAGGGUUAAUGAGUCGGAAGGGGAUGGGGCUCAGGUGGAGACGUUUUGGACUGCCUGUUCACGAUGUAGGUUGUUGCAUAAGUUUGAGAGGAAGUAUUUGGGGCAUAAUUUGGUUUGCCCAAGUUGCAAAAAGAGUUUUGAGGCUGUGGAGGUUGGAGGAAGUGGGGAAGAAGAGAGUAAGGAGGAGGAUCAGAGAUGGGUUAGGGUGCGGAGUGAGAGGUUGAAGAGGAAAAUGGAUGACAGUGAGAGGUUAAAUGGUAUGAACUUGAGGGGGAAAAAGGGCAGUGGUGAGAGUGUUGUAUUAAAGGGGAAAGUGGGAAGUGGUGAAACUGGUGGACCGAAGGGAAAGGGGAUUCUGAAUGAGCAUAAGGGAGGCAAUGAGAAAAGGGCUAGUAGGGGGUUGAUGGAGAAAAUUAGAGAUGGGGAUUUGAAGGAGAAAGGAAGUGGUGAAAUGGGUGGCAAUGAAUGGGGUGGAGGGAGGUUGAGGAGGAGGACAAGUACUGUUGGGGAUGUUUUGGCCAGGUCAAAGGCCAAUACAGUGGAAGAUGGGGAGAUAGAGAAAAGUUCAAAGUUAAAGAAGGUGGAUGUUGGGGAGGAGACAAUGACACUUGCACAAAUGCAGUUGGAAAUGAAGCGCAAAAUGAAUCAAAGAAAGGAAGGAUUGAAACCAAAGGAAAGGGAGAAAGAUGAGGGAGAAAAGGAGAAUAAGAGAUCAAGACGUGGGGCUUUGAUGGAUAAAAUUUUGGAGAAUGAGAAACAGGGAAACUUGGAGAACGGUAAUGAUGAGGAGAUGGAGGAGCAAGGAUCUUCUGAGAGUAGUUGGAACAGUGAAACUUCAAAAGAGAGUGUGGAAUUGGAAGUUGAGAGUGGAAGGGGUGGGAAGAAGAAUGGGACUUUGGAGAAUACGAGGCAGAGGACUUCAAGAACAAAAGUUGAUUUAGAAAUUGCUAGGAGCAGUGGUUCUCUGAGCAGGGACUUGGAGAUUAUGGCAAUGGAGGAUUCAAAUUUCUAUAAUUUUAAUAAAGAUAGAGUAGAGAAAAGUUUCAAGAAAGGGCAAGUGUGGGUUAUAUAUGACGAUGAUGGAAUGCCAAGGCAUUAUGGUUUGAUUGAUGAAGUUGUUUCAGUGAAUCCUUUUGAGGUGAAGGUGAGUUGGCUGGACCUUCAGAAUAAUGGGGAUGAGAGGUUGAUCUGUUUGGAGAAAAUGAAAUGUAGCAUUUCUUGCGGGAAAUUUAAGGUUUCUAGGAAUACUUCCAUUCACCCCUUGAAUAUCUUUUCACAUGUUAUGGAGUGUGAAAGAGCUGCAAAAGAGCUUUAUCGGAUUUAUCCAAAGAAGGGUUCUGUUUGGGCUCUUUAUGAUGAAGCUGCAUUCAGUACAGAAAGAGGAAACCUUUCAGCUGGCGAUAAACGUUGCUACCACAUAGUUGUGUCUCUAACCACUUAUACUGAGAUUCAUGGGCUAAGCAUGGCAUGCCUUGAGAAAGUUGAUGGGUUCAAGACAAUAUUUAAGAGACAAGAGAUUGGAUGUCAUGCUAUUAGAUGGCUUGAGAAGGAUGGUCUCCGUUUGUUUUCACAUCAGAUUCCUGCAAGGAAGCUUUCCAGUGCUAAUGCCCCUGACCAUUUGAAACACUGCUGGGAACUUGAUCCCACUUCACUUCCUUAUGAUCUGCUUACUACUGGCUGGAAAUGAGGAUGUUUAUUUGGGAAACUGAUGUACUUACUGUAUAGUUUUCUUUUUUGUUUAGCCAUACAAGCUACAUAUAUUGGGUAUAUUUUUCAUGAGUCAUUCAUUUCUGGGAACAGUUCCUGAUAGCGGAAGUGGGAAAAUAUAUUAAUGUCGCAGUUUUAUAGAGGAAGUGACUAGAAUAUUAGAAUGGAGGAAAAUCUUUCAUCAAAAAGACAGCGCCUUGAGACUUUGAGAGCCGGGCAAUGCAACGCAUUAUUAUUAAUUAUUAUUACUUGAGCUUGAGGCAAGAAUCAAGAUUCUAUGUUCAC